CCAAGGCCGUGGCUGUGUAUCGCAUGCUGACGAUCGGGAGCGUGGAGAUCGAAAUGAUGGAGGCGCAGAUCAGCAAGAAGAAGUUGGAGCGGCUCUCGAUCACGGGCGGGGAUUUCCGGCAGGCAGGCCGACGGAGCCGAGGAGACAUAACGACCGAGGGUCUGCGGAGGCUGCUGGCGGACGACGUGAAGGACAUUCAGAGGAGGCAUGGGGAUGGGGG